AUGUUGCGGACAUUCGUCAGACACGCGCUGUCGUCGGUGGAAAUCCAGUUGCUCCAGGACAUCCCCCAGGUGGGCGUCCGGGGCGAGGUGUUGCGGGUGCUGAGAGGCCACAUGCGCAACUACCUCCAGCUCAACAACCGCGCCGCCUACAUCGUUAAAGGCCAACAGCCGCCGUUGCCCGUGGUCAAACGGGAAGUGAAACCUGUGGUUACCAAAACCAAAGCUGCUGAAGACGUGGCUGAGCCGUCAGCGGUCAAGAAGACCGCUACCGAAACCGCUAAACCCGCACCGACUCUUGAAGACUUAGGGGCGCUUUUACAGAAGGCCCUGAAGCGGAAAGACUCGGUUUUCGGUGGCGCCCAGUUCCAGAAGCUGUCUUCGAGCGAUGCCGCCCUCGACUACUCCGUUUCCGACUUGAAAGUGAUCCCUGACCACUACACUCACACCGGCAAGCUCCCCGUGACCAGAGCCGAUUUGGCUGCUGUGAUUGUCAAAUACACGGGUAUUGCCGUCCCGGAAAACCAGAUCAGAGUCAACCACGGCACUGUCACCAUCGAGGGAGCCAUUGAGGCCGCGGGCGAGUACACUUGGACCAUCAACGUCCCCGCCGACCAGGACCUGGUGACCAAGAAGUUGACCAUUGCUUCCAAAUAA